AUAUUAUUACAAAAUACAAUAAAUUAUUUCAUUGCUUUUUUCUCGAUGGGACAAAAAUUUCAAUCUUUUGAUUCUUUUCAACACACACGCAAACGAUUCAGACGGACCUACAAAAUAAGGGGAAAGGGAAUGGGAAAGAUAUUUCGUACACAACUUUUCCUUUACGGCGUGUGGUUGGUCUCAAUUGAAAUGGCCAUCUCUACGAUCGAGGCCCCACUGCUAUCAGACACCGUCGAUGGCGCCGUUGACUACAAAGGCCGUCCGGUCCUCCGAUCAACCUUCAGCAGCUGGAGAUCCGCAUCCUUCAUCCUAGGUGUGGAAGUGGCGGAGAGGUUCGCGUAUAAUGGGAUCAACUGCAACCUCAUAACGUACCUGACUGGGCCGCUGGGGCAGUCCACGGUCACGGCGGCCGAGAACGUGAACGCGUGGUCUGGAACGGCGCAGCUGCUGCCUUUGUUGGGUGCAUUUGUCGCCGAUUCUUUUCUGGGGCGCUACCGCACCAUUAUUAUUGCCUCUCUCAUCUACAUCCUGGGACUAGGCUUGCUGACUCUGUCGGCUAUGCUUCCUACUGGCACCACUUCGGACUACGUAGACACCAAAAUCUCGCUAGGUUCUUCAAAUCAGCUGCAAGUAACCCUGUUCUUUGUAUCUCUGUAUCUUGUAGCCGUUGGGGAAGGUGGACACAAGCCUUGUGUUCAGGCUUUUGGAGCCGAUCAGUUUGAUGGGCAAGAUCCAGAGGAGUGCAAAGCCAGAAGCUCAUUCUUCAACUGGUGGUAUCUUGGUGUAUGUGGGGGUUCUGUAGUAACAAUUUUGGUCCUAACCUAUGUACAAGAGAACCUUAGCUGGGGUCUGGGAUUUGGGAUCCCCUGUAUAGUAAUGGUUGCUGCAUUGGGUGUUUUCUUGCUUGGUACCAGGACUUACCGGUAUACUACUAAAGGGGAUGAGAAAAACCCAUUUCUGAGAAUUGGUCGAGUGUUUGUAACCGCAGUUAGAAAUUGGCGGACUACUGCUUCGGCGAUCGCUUGUGAAGAGGAAGCUCACGGAACCCUGCCGCACCAUAGCUCUCAACAAUUCAAGUUCCUGAAUAAAGCUUUGCUGUCCCCAAAUGGUUCAAAAGAAGCUGGCAAGGUUUGUACUUUCAGUGAGGUUGAAGAAGCAAAGACAGUUCUAAGGCUUGUUCCCAUAUGGGUUACAAGCUUGGGAUACGCUAUUGCGUUUGCACAGAUCUCAACUUUCUUUACCAAGCAAGGUUCUACCAUGGAUAGAACAAUUUUUCCCGGCUUUGAAAUACCAGCUGCUUCGCUGCAAUGUCUUGUCUGCCUGUCCUCUGUUCUCCUCAUUCCCAUAUAUGACUGCAUCGCCGUUCCUAUUGCAAGGGCUUUCACGAGGAAACCCUCCGGCAUCACAAUGUUACAGAGAAUUGGAACCGGGAUGCUUAUAUCGGCGUUUAGCAUGGUAGUUGCAGCUCUAGUCGAAAUGGAAAGGCUGAAAACUGCUAAAGAAUAUGGGCUAGUUGAUAUGCCAGAUGUGACUGUUCCAAUGAGUGUGUGGUGGUUGGUUCCUCAAUAUGUCUUGUGGGGAGCUGCUGAUGUUUUCACCGUGGUUGGCCUCCAAGAGUUCUUCUAUGAUCAGGUCCCAACUGAUUUAAGGAGUGUGGGUCUCGCCCUCUGCCUCAGUACUAAUGGCAUUGGGAGCUUUUUAAGCAGCUUUCUAGUCUCUGUCAUUGAGGAAGCAACCGGCGGGAAUGGCCGAGAUAGCUGGUUUGCUGAUAAUCUUAACAGGGCACAUCUUGAUUACUUUUACUGGCUGCUUGCAGGAAUCAGUACAGUAGCAUUGGCUGCCUUCUUGUGUUGUGCAAAAUCUUACAUUUAUAAUAGGCCAAGUACAGUCUAGAUUCAGUCAUCAUCUUCCUUUCACUUCAAAUAUAUGGAGGGUUAAAACCCUAAAAUGCAGUGUCAGUAGGCUCUCAUUAUCGCUGCAGUAUAAUCCUUGCAAGAUGCAAGUAGCAUAUGGGAUGGGAGGCUUCUAUUGAAAGGUUAGUCAAAGUGUAUCUAUUUGUAAAUAAACUGUGUAAUCAUCAUUCUAUUAGAACUUUGUUAGGAACCUAUAUAAUAAUAAGCCAUUACAAUAAAUUAAGUCAUUUCCCUGCUAGGUUAGGAUUAUUUUCCUCU